GCAAGUCCCUCCUUCGCCCGGAAGUAUUUAGGCUCCAGGCGCUGCGCAAGGCCAGAAAGUAGUUCCGAUUCCGGCGUGUGGAUCUUCGUUCCUGGUGUUCAGUUGUCGCGGUUGGUGGGCAGUAACGGAGCCAAGAUGCUGCGGAGUCUGCUGGCUCUUCGUCAGAUUGCCCAGAGGACCAUAAGUACUGCUUCACGCAGGCAGUUUGAAAAUAAAGUUCCAGAGAAACAAAAGCUCUUUCAGGAGGAUAAUGGAAUUCCAGUGCAUCUAAAGGGUGGGAUAGCUGAUGCCCUCCUGUACAGAGCCACCAUGAUUCUUACAGUUGGUGGAGCAGCGUAUAGCAUGUAUCAGCUGGCUGUGGCUUCAUUCCCCAAGAAGCAGGGUUGACUUCAGUUUAUCCUCCCAGCAAUCGGUUGGUUCAACUCCAUUCAGUUCUCUGUGGACCAGUAGUCUGAUAACUAACUUGAGUUCUUCUUUGGGGAUCAAUAUUUAUUGACUUGUACUAGCUGCCACCAAUAAAGCAGUCUUUACCAUG